AUGUCCUACUUCCGCAUCACCCUCGUCCGCUCUGCAAUUGGACUCCCGCGCCGCUCAACAGAUGUCCUCAAGGCUCUUGGCUUGAAGAAGCGUAUGGCAACAGUCUUCCACAGCGUCUCGCCCUCCGUCGCGGGUCAAAUCAUGAAAGUCAAGGAACUUGUCCAGGUCGAGGAGUGCCAGUACCGCCUCACGAAGCAGGAGGUGCAUCUUGAGCGCAAGCCUGAUCCCGGAUAUUAUACCGAAAAGAGCUGCACUGAGCAGCGGGGGGGAACUCGGUGGUCAGUGAUUGUUGUCAUUGAGCUUCGCGUGGAAUGGGAUACUUUUCAAAAUGGGGUUUCUUCGCCGGUCUUGGACACUCAGAUGGAAUCUGAGUCUUUUGAAAUGCCUUUCACUCGGACGGAUGAUUGA